AACAAACACUACUAUUUAUAGACAAUAGAGCUAACAUUUGCCCAUACAGCGUCCUUCUUUUUGUUGCCAGACAUCCCAUAGCCACGCAUCAGAACCUGGUCAUCUGAAAGAAAAUUAUGUUUAUUUGUAAAAAAUCUGUUUACUGGCUGUGUUCUCUUUUUCAGCUGUACUUUGCUUUGGUUUGCCAAGAAGAUAACUACAACAAUGACUUUAGUAUUCCCGGAGAUUAUAUAAUUGGAGGUCUGUUUCCAGUGCAUGUGUCUGGUGCCGCUUCCGGAUCUACUCCGCGAAUCAGCAUAUGUAACAAAGCCUCGUUUAAUUCCCAAGGAUAUCACUUGUUCCAGGCCAUGAGAUUUAGCAUUAAAGAAAUCAACAACUCCAGCACGUUGCUUCCCAAUCUCACCCUAGGGUAUGAUCUAUUUGACGUCUGUUCAGACAUUGCCAAUGUGUAUGCGACGUUAAAAUUCCUCUCCAAGUGCACAACAUCAUAUAUUGAGAUGCAAAACAACUAUACUGAAUACAGCCCUAGAACAAUAGCGGUGAUCGGACCUUCCAGCAGUAACUACGCUUUUGUAACUGCAAGCAUACUAGGAUCUUUCCUUAUCCCACAGAUAAGUUAUUCAUCUUCCAAUGAACUUUUAAGUCUUAAGCAAAUCUACCCGUCGUUCCUCCGAACCAUUCCCAGUGACAAUCUCCAAGUUGAGGUGAUGUUACGUCUACUGCAGAGGUUUAACUGGACUUGGAUUGCAAUUGUUGGCAGUGAUGAUGCCUAUGGAACUCAAGGUUUGCAGGACUUGUACACAUUGGCCAGCAGCAGUGGAAUCUGCGUAGCUUACCAGGGGCUCAUUCCAGCCAGUCUAAACAAAACAGAAAUAAAGAAAAUGAUCACAAAUAUAAUUCAAACCAAAGUCAAGGUGAUCGUGGUCUUCUCUGCUUACACCUAUACAAGAGAUUUUUUUAAAGUUGUUGUGCAAGCAAACAUUACUGAUUAUGUUUGGAUUGGCAGUGAAAGUUGGUCGAUAGAUGUCCAAACUGCUGGCACCCAAAAUAUAAGCACCAUUGGUACUGUGUUAGGGGUUGCAGUGAGCAAAGUCAAUCUCCCAGGACUGCUUGAUUUUGAAAAUGAUUAUAUCAGAUCCCUCAGUACCGGUGUGACCCGUAAACAUGCUUGUAACCAAGCCUGCAAUAUAUGUGAAACUUUCACUGAGCAGACUAUGCCAGGCCAAACUCAGUUUUCGAUGUCAGUCUCGUUCAAUGUGUAUGCAGCCAUUUACGCCAUUGCAUAUGGCUUGCAUGAACUGCUUAACUGCAAAUCUGGACAAUGCAGUAAGAACACGUUUUACCCAUGGCAACUUCUAGAACAAAUCAAGAAAGUAAAUUUUACCCUGUAUAACCAAUCUGUUUCUUUUGAUGAAAAUGGUGAUCCUUCAACUGGUUAUGACAUUGUUAUGUGGGACGGGAGUGGAGGCAAUGUAUCCUUCAGUAUCAUUGGCAAGUUCAGCAGAAAUCCUGAGAGUCUGGAGCUUAAUAAGGAUGUCAUAUGGUACACAAAAGACAACUCAGUCCCCGAAUCAAUUUGUUCCAAGGAAUGUAAUCAUGGAGAGAGAAGGGUACAGAUGGGUUCUUUCGUAUGUUGCUUUGAAUGUAUUCCAUGCCCUGAAAUGACCUUCCUUAAUAGAAGUGACCUGUAUACAUGCCAAAAAUGCCAGCUCAACCAGUGGUCUCCAGCACAGAGUGAAAUAUGUUACAAUAGAACCACAGAGUAUCUUACCUGGACCGAUCCAAUAUGCGUUGUUCUUCUGGUUAUAAUUACACUGCUAUUACUAUUGAUCGUCACGGUAGCAGUUGUUUUUGUCAGGAAUCUAACUACCCCUGUGGUUAAAUCUGCCGGAGGAAAGAUGUGUUUGGCGAUGCUAACAUCAUUAGCGCUAUCUUGCUUAACGUUGUACUGUUAUUUCGGAAAGCCGACCCCUGUCAUGUGUAUGAUUAGACAGCCGGUCUUUGCUGUAAGUUUCACUGUGUGUUUUUCGUGCCUUGUGGUUCACGCCUUCCAAAUAGUAUGUAUUUUCAAAAUGGCCACCCAUUUUCCCAAAGUCUAUGAAAUUUGGGUUAAAAAGAAUGGAUCAGAUAUCUUCAUUGUCGUAAGUUCUACGGGACAGGUGUUAAUCUCCGUUAUAUGGAUUGUUGUAAAGCCUCCGCAGCCAGUUGAAGAUUAUUCCACGUUCCAGGACCAAAUCAUUUUCAAAUGCUCUGAAACAGAUUCCGUGGGCUCUUUUAUUGAAAUCAUUUACAUUGGGAUCCUCAGCAUGUUCUGCUUUAUUUUCUGUUACAUGGGAAAAGAUUUACCGGAGAAUUACAAUGAAGCAAAAUGUAUCUCGUUCAGUUUGCUGGUGUAUUUUUUCUCUUGGAUUGCGUUUUUCACCACCUAUAUCAUCUACCAGGGGAAAUACAUUGCAGCGGCCAAUGUCAUCACCAUAUUGUCCAGUGUCUUUGGCAUCCUUGUUGGCUACUUCUCUCCAAAAUGUUACAUUAUUCUGUUUAGAAGAGAAUUAAACACCACUGAACAUUUCCAGACUGCAAUACAGAACUAUACAAAGAAGCUAUCAGAACAGUAG